AUUCUCAAGAGAGUGAUUUUGUGCAUCAUUAGAAUGGCCUCCUUUUCGUUUCACUUAUUGCCGAUAAUCAUGGGAUUCAUGGCCUCCCCUUUGCUUUCUUUAUCUUCUCAUCUUGAUUCUAAAGCCUCCACUAUCUCUGCUAUGCCGCCGUUUCUGAAAAACCCUCUUCCACCCCUAUCUCCUUUCCAAGAAUUGUCCCCAGACAUUACUCCACCUUUGCCUUCUCCCGGUGGUGUAGUGCCUGCUUCAUCUGAGUCGUCUGUCCCCACCAUUCCAUCGACCCUGAGCCCUCCGAAUCCCGACGAGUUGGCUGCAUCUGGACCUGAUUCUGCGUUUUUGCCGUUGCUGGCUUCCUCCGUAGCUUCUACCACCUUGGUUUCGUACUUAAAUGUGGCUGUUUAUGCAGGUUUAGCUGCAUAUUGGUCUAUGCUGCUGCUUAGGAUAAUGCAUUGAUAGACGAGUACCCCAUUAUCAUUGUGUUUUCUUCACUCUACUUCCUUUCUUCCGUCGAUGCUAAUUUUUCGUUAUUUGCAUGAUAUAAUGCAGCGCAUGUAGAUAUUCUCUCCGAAAGGAUGUAUGUAUAUGAUAUUGGCUGAAUUAGUCCAUCGUUGCUAGUUUAGAUUGUUA